AUGGAUAAUUACGUGCCUUCGGAUGAAACUACUGUAGAACCGGAGAAUCCGUUCCCAGCUCCAUAUAAUGGAGAAGAUGUAAAAACCAUGUUGGUCAGCAAGUCGAGUAAAUUCUCAAAAAUCAAUGGGCACGUUCGCGAAUACUUCACAGAGAAACCAGACUGCAAUCGGUUUGUGAUAUACAAAUCGACAAAUGGAGCGACGGAGAAGGCGAUUUCGUGUGUGGAAGUUUUCAAGCAACAAUUUGAAGAACCAAUUUAUCAAUGGACUCGUGCAGUUUGCUCGAAAAGAGUCGUUUUAUGGAAGUGUCAGCAGGAGGGACCAAGAGACAUUCGAGUCACCGUUGAAGUACCAGUCAUAUUCAUCGUCAUUUCACGAGAUCCAUUCCCUGGAGAAUACAGUUGUAUGAGUAUGCAAUGUUCGUCUGAUAAAGAAAUUGCAUUUCUUCCUGCUCUUCGUUCCUCCAAAAAGUCAGCAGGCGGGAAGUCGGAUAAGAAAGACAAAAAAGGAAACCGGAGAACGAAUGAAGGAAAUAAAUGGACAAAGCCAACAUCUGAGCAAAGGAAGAAGGAGCAUAAAGAGAGAAACGAGCUUUUAAAAGAGAUCGAAUGUUCAAAAAAGCAGUGA